UUACCUGUUCCACCAGAACUGAUGUGAGCGCGAGUUUGCGAGCACAUGCAACGUUUGGAGUGGAGCCAAAUCUGAACUGAACUACUGUCUGUACACUACCAACAACAGGAGCCCGAGAGGACCAUUUUAAUUGAAGCCACCUUCAAAUAUCAACUCAGCCAAGUGUUUUAACAAACCUCCGAAGCAAGCAGCCGACUGAGGAUCUGAAAGAGCCGCAAGGAUGCACUUGUUGUCCGCCAGCUGUGUGUGUGCCCUCGUCAUCUCCGUGCUUCUCCGCCAAGUCAGCGGUUUGGCGACGGUUAUCGGCCUGUAUGGGGAAACACUGGAAAUCCCGUGCAACAAUGGAGCAGUGAAUGCAGAGGACGUCCUGAUCACUAAAUGGAAAUAUGACAAAGGAGAGGGUCUUUCAGGAGACCUGCUGGUCAAGCGGAAAGACCAGAAUGUCUCCAUCAUGACCACUGAUGAAUACAAGGGCCGUGUGAGCAUGGCUGCAAAAUCCAGCCUGCUUCUGUCUGCCACCAAGCUGAGUGACCAACGCACUUUCACCUGCAUGGUGGUGGCUGAUGUGGACAUCACAGAAUAUCCAGUUAAUGUGGUGAUUCAGAAGACGCCUGGCCUGGAGAUUUCUGACAAAGCGGAGGAACUAGAAAUUGGCAAACUUACAAAGCUCGCAAAGUGUGUUGCCAAGGACUCCAAUCCAGCGGCAGAAAUCACAUGGCUGAAAAACAACACAACUCUGAAAGCUGAUGGAAAAGGAAUUUCCAUCCAGGCCUCGGUGCUGGUGAACGAUGUGACUGGCCUUUCGACCACCUCCUCCGUACUUGAGUACUCUGCGCAGAAGGAAGACACGGACGCUGUGUUCACCUGCAGUGCUAAGAACACUCAGGCCGCAGGGAUCGUGUCCUCUCCAGUAACCUUCAGUAUCACCUACUCCACAGAGAACCUUGUCCUUCAGGUCACUGGUCAGGACUCUCUGGUGGAAGGAGACAGUAUGACCCUGAAGUGUGUUGCUGAUGGAAACCCAGCUCCAACCGCCUUUAACUUCCACCUUAAGGCACAGGGAGAGAUAGUGAAAGUGGACGAUGAUUCUUACACCAUCACUAAUGUCUCUCGCAACACCACCGGUGAAUACAAAUGCUCUCUCGUUGAUGACCCAACAAUGGAAGCAUCCAUGGCCAUCACAGUGAACUACCUAGACAUCAAUUUAAGCCCCUCUGGAAAUAUCGUCAAGAGUGCUGGUGAAGCAUUGCAUCCAAAUCUCAAGAUUGAUUCCUCCGGAGACACAAAGGUCUCCUGGACAAAGAACAAUGUUAAAUUGGACAAAGAGCCCAAGUUUGCCAAGCUGACUUUCGCUGAUUCUGGCCGCUAUGAGUGUGAGGUGACGCUUGGGCUCCUCAACCAAAAAGCUUCUCUUGAGCUGACUGUUGAAGGUGCUCCGGUGAUCAAACAGCUGAUCAAAAAGCGUGGCGAAGACGGCACACAUGAAGAACUGAUUUGUGAGGCUGAAGGUUCUCCAAAGCCAGCUGUUACCUGGAGCAUCAACGGCACGAUUGAUGAGAGUCUCUUUGUCAAUGGAAAGAUAACACACAAGAUCAGAGUGGUGCCUACUGAUAAUCUGACUGUCUCUUGUACGGUGUCCAAUGGACUUGGCGUGGAUACCAAAACUAUAAAUGUGUCAUCCAUAAUUGAGGAGGUGAGAAUGGAUAAAAAAGCUCAAACAGAUGAGAAUGACCAAACCAAGUUGGUGGUUGGAGUUGUUGUCGCCCUCAUCGUCGCCACUCUAGUUUUAGGCCUGGCCUACUUGGUCUACGUGAAGAAAUUCAAGCAAGGAAGCUGGAAGACUGGGGAAAAGGAGAACGGCUCUUCUGAGGAGGAGAAAAAACUGGAGGAGAAAGUGGAGGAGAACAGCCAAAAAGCUGAGGUGUAAAAGAAACGGCAACCAUCCUGUGGGAAUGUGAAAGUGAGAACAUGGAACUUUUGCACAUUCCUCAUCACCUCCUUAUUUGGGGGGAAAAACCAACGACUGUACAUUGGGAUGAAAAUGAUUUGGAUUUGGUUUCAGGGAGCAUUUUACUAAAAUUACAUAUCCAACCCCCCCCCCCCCCCCCAUCCACCUGAGCUCCUCAAACCUUUUUUUUUGCAGGUCUCCCUUGAAAAAGAGAUCUAUGAUCUCAAUGGGACCAAUCUGGUUAAAUAAAGGUUUGAAAUUAAAUUAAAUUAAACCCUCACCCCUCCUAUCCUAAAAAAAAGAUGAAUGGAUACUGUAUGUGAUAUACAUAACUUGUCUGCACUACUGAUACAUGUGUAAACUUGUCUACUCUUAGGAUUCAUGUUUGUUAGAAAGGAAUUUGGGGAAAAAGAAGUUUGGGUUUUGUUAGGUGAUGCAAGUAGAAUAACUACUAGCCCAGUUGCCUUUGCUGUAAGGAUGUGUAGGCCUGAAUUAGUCUGACUCUUUGGCCCUUGGAGACAUAGCAGGGACAGAGGGACACCAUUGCUUCUUAGCUUCACGCCAUCACAGUCAAAAGACCUCUGCCUUCAACAUCACUGUAGUAUAUCUGUUUAUUUGUGCAUUGAUUUCAGUUUGUUCAUUCAGGUAUAAAAAAAAUGUUGAAAUAGAGAUGAAAUUCCUGAAAGGGCUUUGGGUAUAUUAUACUCUGCAUUAGUUAUAGAUGGUAGUAUGAUUUACAUGUUGCAGGACGUAAGCGAUGUGCCACAGAGUUCUUUGGCAUCACCUGAUUUGUUGGUUUUGGUUUUUGAUUGUGUGCAAAGUAACCAGGGGAGAAACAAACAAAACUCAGCUCAUUUCUGCCUGUUUCUUUUUUCAAAAGGACUGUACAUUCAACAUAACCACUGUAUACCACAAACAGGUAGAUUAUUGACAGAAUGUAUAGCAUAACUCGCCUCAUAUAACUGGCUAUCAUUUGGCUGUACAGAUUGUUUUACAUAAAGCCAUUGUUUGUUUUCAUGCAAGAAGAAGUCCUUGAGCCUGUAGCAGGGAAAGGAUGUUUUAGGCGAAAGGCGAAAGGCUGUAAGUGGAUUCAUAUGUGUGUGCUUCACCAGUGUUGAAGUAUGAUUGUAGCUCUGGGAUAAUUUGUAAGGGAGCACACAAAGAGGACAAGGUGUUUGUGUCAAAGUAGCCGCCAUUAUAUGUUUGCCUUCUUUUGAAAAUCUACCUGUAACUGCUUCAGUUUGUCAUGUGCACUCGGGUUCAUGUUUUCAUGUCAGAUUUGUGUAGAAUACAAUGGAAUAUGCGCAGCUGUACAUGUCACAAAAUUGGUCCCUUCAGGAGCAUUUACUAAAUUUGAAACUGUAUCAAACCCAGGAUGUAAUUGUGAAGUAUGUGAAUUUAUUUUCUUUUUGCUAUUUAUAUUGUACAAGAUGAAAUUUCCUGGUAGGUAAAUUCAAUAAUUGUCACAUAAUUCAUAACUUGGAUUGAAACCGUUGUUAAGUUGCUUGCAGACUUUACAAACAUGUAAUUAAGUUGUGAGUCGUCAGUAGGUUGCCCAGGGUCUGCUUGAAUAAUAGAUUCAGCAUGUGAUCAACUCAGACCUCCAAUUAGCUGUUUGUUGCCUACCAUGUGUACAACCAUCAAAUUGGAAGAAUGACCAAAGAAAGUGAACAUUGCCAUGCAAGUAUUGUAAAUACCUGAUGUUUGUUUUUGUACUUUUGUUUAAAAUAAAGUGUACAUUUGAAAAAAUGAUGUCCACUGAAUAUUAAUUUUGAUGUUACAUUUUCCUGUUUUGAAAUAAAGAGCAACACGGAA